AUGUUUGGCUGCAGAUAUGAGGAAGAACCACCAGAGCCUGAGAUUGAAGAAGGUGCCGAGGAAGAUGUAGAGAACAAUAGCAAUGAAGACAUUACUGGAGAACCCGUUGAAACUGAGGAGAAAGAAGAGCAGAAACCGGUGGAACGUCGUCGUAAAACCUCAAAAUAUAUGACAAAGUAUGAGCGUGCCAGAAUCUUGGGUACCCGCGCUCUCCAUAUCAGCAUGAAAGCGCCUGUGAUGGUUGAGUUGGAGGGUGAAACUCACCCACUUGAGAUUGCAAUGAAAGAGCUUCGGGCGUGGAAGAUACCCUUUGCCAUUCGCCGCUACCUACAUGAUGGAAGUUACGAAGAUUGGGGUGUCGAUGAAUUGAUUGUAGAAGACUCAUGGAAGAGGCAAGUGGGGGGUGAUUGA